GAAAGAGAAAGAGAGAGAUAUAAACACAGAGCUCGCGCACCAUUCUUAACUAUCGAAGGAGAUCACUUACCGAAGCGAAGACCUUUCUCUCUCUAUUUCUUUUGUUGUUGAAUGUUGAGCUGUGUUGGGUGGUUCGGGUUCGGAUUCGGGUGACCCGAUUGGUGCUUCGAUGGAUCCGGGUGCGAUGAUGAACGAGGGUUCCUUUGCGAAUGGGAGUGGAAAUACGGCGCCGUUUAGCUUGUCGGAGAUCUGGCAGUUCCCGCCGGCGAUGAAUGGGUUGGGGCUGAGGAAGCCGGAGUUCGGACAAAUCUUCGGGGGGCAUUUUGGGGAUUUCACCAUCGGUCCGAACCGGGAAGUUUCGUGUAAUGAACCGGUCGGGUCUAACCAGAGAGCAGCAGCAAACAAUAGCCGGAAGAGGCGGGACUCGGAAGAUGAUUCGGCUAAGUGUGUUUCCACCAGCAAUGGUGUUGCCAAUGGCAAUGUCAAUGGGGUGAAUGAUGGUGAUGGAAAACGGGUUAGAGCAUCAGGGAAUAAGAAUGAAGGUGGUGAUGGUAAAGUUGAAGGAGAAGCCAGUUCAGGAAAGCCUGCGGAGCAAAGCACUCAGCCACCUCAUGAACCUCCUAAGCAAGAUUACAUUCAUGUUCGAGCUAGAAGGGGUCAAGCUACUGAUAGCCACAGUCUUGCAGAACGAGCUAGAAGGGAAAAGAUUAGUGAAAGGAUGAAAAUUCUUCAGGAUUUGGUCCCUGGUUGUAAUAAGGUUAUUGGAAAAGCAUUGGUCCUUGAUGAGAUAAUUAAUUAUAUCCAAUCUCUUCAGCGCCAAGUUGAGUUUUUGUCAAUGAAGCUUGAAGCAGUGAAUUCAAGACUUAACUCUGGCAUUGAGGCGUUCCCUCCUAAAGAUUUUGGUCAGCAGACAUUUGAUCCAGCUGGCAUGCCAUUCGGUUCACAAUCUACAAGAGAGUAUAGCAGGGGUUCUUCACCAGAGUGGUUACACAUGCAGGUAGGAAGUGGUUUUGAAAGAACAACGUAGUCUAUGAAAUCCCUUCACCUGGUAAUAAAUGCAUAAAUGAGCAGUAUUCCAUCCUUCAGUGGCUCCCAAAAAACAAAAAAUGAUAUACACUAAAGGUAUUAAGUCCAAAUGGACACCUCAUUCCCAUUUUUCUACACGAGGCAUAGAGCUGUUACUGUUUUCCACAAGACUGCUUCACUUUGUAUUUAAGCAUCUGCGUAUGUUGGUGUGUUGGAAAAUGAAUUCAUUUACUCAAUAUGUAGUAUGGUGGACUUUUUAGGCUUUCUAUGUUGAUACUCAACAUAACUCUUAGAAUGGUCAUUAUUCUUGUAAAAG